GCUAGCCAGUAACAGCUGGGAGGUGGAGGAAUUGUAACUAAAUGUGUGGUGUCCUGGUAUAGCUGAAGUUUAGUAAAGGUGGCCGAGGUUCACUGCCCGUAUGCCAGACAUUUUAAGGAUUUUCAUUUUGUUCAUUUCAUGGCCAAAGACAAUCCAGCGGUUUUCCUGAUUUUCGAAGCGCCAGUGGAAACUCAGUUCUGGGCCAAAGUGCCGCCCAUCUCCCUGCCACUGUGAGCCUGGAAGAGCAACGCCGCCUUGUGACUAGCAUCCAACAUGACAGGGGUUUGUGGUUGUUGCGGGGCACUCAGGCCUCGGUACAAGCGCCUGGUAGACAACAUCUUCCCAGAAGACCCAGAGGAUGGGCUAGUGAAAGCCAACAUGGAGAAGCUGACAUUCUACGCCCUGUCAGCUCCAGAGAAGCUCGACCGUAUCGGAGCUUACCUGUCUGAGAGAUUGUCAAGGGAUGUGGCCCGACACAGAUACGGGUAUGUGUGCAUAGCCAUGGAAGCCCUGGACCAGCUGCUGAUGGCCUGCCACUGUCAGAGCAUCAACCUGUUUGUGGAGAGCUUUCUUAAGAUGGUGCGGAAGCUGCUAGAGUCAGAUAAACCCAGCCUACAGAUUCUAGGAACAAACUCGUUUGUGAAGUUUGCCAACAUAGAAGAAGAUACACCAUCGUACCACCGCAGUUAUGACUUCUUUGUGUCGCGCUUCAGUGAGAUGUGCCACUCUAGCUACGAGGACCCUGAUAUCCGCACCAAGAUCCGCAUGGCAGGUAUCAAAGGCCUGCAGGGUGUGGUGAGAAAGACUGUGAAUGAUGAGCUACAAGCUAACAUCUGGGACCCUCAGCACAUGGACAAGAUCGUCCCUUCUCUGCUUUUCAACCUGCAGAGUGGAGAGCGUACAGAGAGCCGCUCCCCCUCUCCGUUGCAGGCGUCAGAGAAGGAGAAGGAAAGCCCGGUGGAGCUGACGGAGCGCUGCUUCAGGGAGCUGCUGGGGCGAGCCGCCUAUGGCAAUAUCAAGAAUGCCAUCACACCCGUGCUGAUGCACUUAGAUAACCACUCUCUAUGGGAAGGGAAGACUUUUGCAGUGCGUUGCUUCAAAAUCAUCAUGUACUCCAUCCAGUCCCAGCACUCUCACUUGGUAAUCCAGCAGCUUCUUGGUCACCUGGAUGCUAACAGCAAGAACUCAGCCACAGUGCGCGCAGGGAUAGUGGAAGUUUUGCUGGAGGCAGCCGCCAUCGCGGCCAGCGGCUCUGUGGGCCCCACAGUGCUGGAAGUCUUUAACACCCUGCUGCGGCAGCUUCGUCUGAGUGUGGACUACGAGUUGACCGGUUCCUAUGACGGCAGCACCAACAUUGGCACCAAGAUCAUCAAAGCUCAUGAGGAGAGGCAGCUGCAGGAGGCUGUUAUCAGGACCAUCGGUUCAUUUGCCAACACUCUACCAACAUACCAGAGGUCAGAGGUUAUGCUCUUCAUAAUGGGCAAGAUCCCGGUCCCUGGGGUUCAUCUAGCUCUGCCGUCCACAGGCUCUGGGCCUGAGGGUACCAGGAUGAUUCAGGUUAUGUUACUAAAGUCCUUGGUCCAGGUGACGGCAGGUUUCCAGACCACCAACAUGCUGACAGCACUGCCCAGCUCGUUCCUGGAACCGCUGCUUUCCUUCUCUCUAACCGAGGAUCCAGAGGUUCGACUGCUGGUGCUUCAAAUCCUUCUCAGUCUCAUUGACCGGCACGACAACAGACCCAAGUUCUCCAACAUUAGCAUCAUCUCGGACAUCUCUGUGCUCAAGCUGAAAGUUGACAAGUGUUCCAGACAGGACAACUUAUUCAUGAAAAAGCACGGCCAGCAGCUGUACCGACACAUCUACUUGGGCUGUAAGGAGCAGAGCAGCGGUCGGCAACACUACGAGACCCUUUUCGCUCUGUUGGGCCUUCUCAGUGUGGAACUGGCAAACGAAGAGGUGGUGGUGGAUCUCAUUCGCCUGGCACUUGCUUUGCAGGACCUGGCUCUGUCCACCGACGAGGCUCUGCCUGUUUAUAACCGCUGUGCUGUUCAUGCCCUCGCCGCCGCCUACCUCAACCUCAUCUGCCAGCUCACCACCGUCCCAGCCUUCUGCCAGCACAUACACGAGGUAAUUGAGGUCAGACAGAAAGAAAGCCCCUUCCUUUUGCCUGAGGAUGUCUUCAUCGAUCACCCCAAGCUGCCUUCUUCACUGGAGAAGGUAGAAGGGGACGUGUUGUUCCUCCAGUCAAAGAUCACUGAGGUCCUUGGAGGUAGUGGUUACAACACAGAGAGACUGGCUACGCCUUAUGUCCCACAGUAUACAGAUGAGGACCGUCUAUCCAAGAGAAAGAGCAUCGGUGAGACCAUCUCAGUCCAGGUGGAGGUGGAGUCCCGAAACAGUCCAGAGAAAGAGGAGAGGACACCUGCAGAGGAGAUCACAUUUGAAACCCUGAAAAAUGCCAUUGUGGACAGUGUGGGUAUGGAGGAGCAGGAGAGGGAGCGAAGGAGACAAGUGGUGGAGAAGUUUCAGAAGGCCCCCUUUGAAGAGAUAGCUGCCCACUGCGGAGCCAGGGCCACUCUACUGCAGAGCAAACUAAAUCAGAUCUUUGAGAUUACAAUCAGACCCCCACCCAGUCCAUCUGGAACCAUUUCAUCAGGUUACGGCCAAACCCAGAGUCGAUCUGUACCCAUCUACGAGAUGAAGUUUCCCGACCUUUGUGUGUAUUAAACCAGAAUGUCAAUAGCGACGUUGCAGAACUAUUGAACACAAAAGGCGAUGAGAGAUGCAAACCGAUCGUCACUGUAAAGGCAUCUUGACAACGGAAUCAAACAGCCGCAGGGGAUGUGGGAGAGCAACCACAGUUGUUUGAAACCAAUUACAGAACAAGCCACUUUUUGUUUUACUUAGCUGUCUGAAAUGAUCAUUUCUUUUGCCCUGUGAUUGCAGCCAAAACAAGCUAGCUAAUGUCAGUAAAUGCAGCACUAAAACAAAUUUUUAUGUAACUUAUUCCUUAUUCAGUUCUCCUUAAAUGUCUGUAAGACUCCACUGGUUGGAUUUUUAAGUUCAUUAUUGCCAAGAGGAAAAAUAUUGUGACAGACUGAAAGUUAUUUUAUUGGCUUUAGAAUUAAUUGACCUGUUUCAUGCCAUGUAACUGGAAUAUUUUGAGCACCGCUAAUUCUUGACAUUCUUCUGUCCCUUACAGGGUGCCAUACUACCCCUGAUAACAAAAUUAGAUUGACAUUUCUCAUGACAUUUUAUAUUUUAUUUGUUUUCUUGUUUUUGGCCAGGAAGAGUGUAUGUGACUUAGAUGCAUUUUAAUUACUUGGCAGUAUAUUGUUUGACUGAACUGUGGAUAGAUAUUUAAAAAAUACGAAGCUGUUUUUUUCCCAUCUCCCAUGUUAUUCAGCUCGCGAACAUCUGUCUUCAGUGUUUAACGCUUUACCGCUUUUUGUUUUGCCUUUUUAGUGUUAGCCAAAAGUGCUUUUUCUUUCAUGACGGGCAUUUAUUUCCACGCCUUUUUAUUCUAAUUAUCAUUAUUGUUAUUGUUUUUAGCUGUGGUUUAAAUGCAAGAUAACUGCUGAUCUGUGUGCUAUCCUCCAAAGUGAGUGUGCCUUACAGGUGACUCAAGUUAAAUCAUACACAACAACACACUAUGCGCCACAGUCAUGACCACAUUAAACUUUUGAAGAUCUGAAGUGUUUACCAGAUCAAACACCAGAAAAAUAAUUAAGGAUCCUUUAUUUUUCUCCUUCCCAUAUAAAUGUGUAUAUAGAGAGAAAUAUAUAAAUCUUUAAGCCGAUGUACAGAGUAGGGAUGUUCUUGUGUGUGUGUGUAUAUAUAUAUGUAUAUUAAUUCUAAUUUUAGACUGCCACUGCAAUGAUUGUGCCCAUAGAUGAGGGAAAAGCCUACUUAGUUAGUUAGUAUACUUUUUAUCAAGAUCUCAAAUAAUUAACCAGCAACACAUUAUUAUUAUUAAUUAGAACAGCCCACAGUAGAAAUCAGCAUCAUCUUGAAGCCAGUGGAUCACACUAGUGAAGUUUUAAUGAGCCCAUCUGAUAAAAAAAAAAAGGUUUAGAAGUUACUGUCAACUUCAUUACUAGCCACAGUUUUCGAGACAGUUUUGAGCGCCAUCAUCCUGAUAUGUAUUGUCAUUGCAUCCUGAGUUUUCUCUCUGUUUUUAUGCUAUACUGCUGCCGUGGCAGCCUCCAAGCAGUACAUCUUUUUCAUACAGCAAGAUUUAAGUAAGUUAAAAAGCCAUUUUGUGUGUUCCCAAACACACACUCAGAGGUAUCAAAACAAAGUAUAAUGGCAAUAAUGUGGCACUAGCCAGGCUAACACGGCCCAACUGUUGGUAGCAGAGCCUUUAGUGUAAUUUUGAAUUGUACCUUCUGUUGUUGUGGUGGUGCUGUGAUGGUUCAGUUUCGUGAUGUUUUGAAGGGACCGCCCUUCCUGCUCCUGCGCUUCUGUGAAUUAACUGCAUUGGGCUUGGCACGUGUUGCAGCCAUCUUGUUUAAUGUGGACGACGGUGUCUGGUUUGUUCCUGAUGGUCAUUUGUUACAGUCCAGUUGGCUCCGUUUCUUUUAUUAUUAUUAUCCUUUUUUUUUUUUUUUUUUUUUUUUUUUUAAACAAUGUAGUGUUGCCUGUAUGUAUAUUUAUGUCCAGACAUGCCAGUGUAUCAGAUUGUCUG